CAGGCGCAGGCAGAGGCUCCAAUGAGCAGGCGCCUGACAUGAUGGUAGUGAAGUCUCAUUUCCUGCUCUCUUCCUGCUCUGCUCUGCAUUACUGAUAUAGGAAGCUGUCCUGUCCUCUGCCUCCAUGACUUGUGAGGUGGUGGUUUUGUAUUUUGCCAAAAGUUAUGAACUAACUGGUGUUCGAUUUGAAAACGUGGUUCUACCGCAAGAAAUUACUUCCAAAGAACUGUGGGAGAAAAUUGAAGCUCUACAUCCAAGGCUCUCCGCUAUUAGAGAUCACAUUGUCCUUGCUGUGCGUCAGGAAUACGUCGCCAUUGGCAAUGAUGUCAUAACUCUUCAUACUGGUGAUGAGAUAGCAGUAAUCCCCCCCAUCAGUGGUGGUUAACAUCCUGAAAAUUGGAGGUAUGGUAUGAUGGAUGCUGCUAUGGAAGAAAAGAAUAAGGAGCCUUAUGACUUUAUUAGAUUAUGUAAAGAAAAACUAUCUACUGAGGAGGUGAUGCAGUUGGUGGUUUCUCCAAGCUGUGGCGCUGUGUCCAUUUUUGUAG